CAUGACGGCUUUGGGCAACGUGGUCGUGGUGAAGAUGAACUACCGUCUGGGAGCCUUCGGCUUCCUCCACAGCGGCCACAAGUACGCACCAGGCAACAUGGCCCUCUACGACCAGUACUUGGCUCUCCUGUUCGUUCGCAACAACAUCGCGCUCUUCGGCGGCGACCCGGACAAGAUCACCGCAUUCGGGAACAGCGCCGGCGCCAUGUCCAUAGGCCUCAUGACCACUUCGCCGAUGACACGGCACAUGAUCAAGCGCGCCAUCAUACAAAGCGGAAGCCCUUGCGUGUCCAUCAUAGCACGUGAGAACGACACGCUGGAGCUGGCCGACAAGUUCGCCAAAACGCUCGGGUGCGCGUACGAAGGGAUGACCAUCACCACCCACCCUCGCCAGAUCAUAUCUUGCCUACGGCGCGUAGAGGCGGACAAGAUUGUGCGCGCUCAGAGGGUUCUGUUCGAGACCAUCCGGCUGUUCGUGCCGGUCUUCGGCGACGACAUGCUUCCCGUGCACAUAUUCACGGCGCUCAAGGAGGGAUUGUUCAACAAGGACCUCAAGCUGCUCAUCGGCGUCACACCCGACGAAGGCACCAGCAUACUGAACUCGGCGUUUCCGCAAUUCUUCCGGCGUGACAGCCAUCUCAAGGUGUCCAAGUCCGAGCUGUUCUCCACCUGCAACCGCACUUUCCUGCACAACUUCUCCAAAUCUCAACUGCGCAGCAUCUUCUGGAACUACAUGGGCCUGCGGGGCCACAGCAGCUAUCUCAGGCAGCGCUCAAUCCUAUCGGCCUGCAUCGCAGAUUACUUCAUGAUCUGUCCGUCGCACCACUACGCGCAGGCCCUCAGCCGAAAGGGCGCCGACGUGUACUUCUACCUGUUCGCCUACCGCACCAAGAACUCGAUCACCCCUCCCUGGAUGGGUGUCGUGCACACGGCCGAGCUGUUCUACCUGUUCGGCGAGCCGUUCUCCACGUCGUGGUACACGGACGAAGAGCGGGAGUUCAGCAAGACCAUCGUCGACAUCUGGACCACUUUUGCCAGGACAGGGCAGCCGCCGAAGAAACUGCACUGGCCCAAGUACCUGUGGAGCAGACCGCGCUACCUGCAGCUCAAGCCUCGCAAGUUCACGCCCGGCCGGGGGCCCCGGCAUGAGUGGUGCAAACUGUGGCUCAACCCCGACUAUUAAAGCCAGAGAGCUCCGUGCGCAUAGAUUCUGGAAGUUACAUCACUUUAGCCUGCAUGACGCGUCCAAGUGACGCCACCACAAACGGUACAAGCGUCCGCCAAUCUGCCGAAAUCAUUAAAUGGUCGACACUUCUGCUGUUGCUUCAACCGGUUGCCUGGAAACAAAGGUGUCAUUCACUCUGCCGCACCUGGCGACAAGGGUGCCCUUGGGCACUUCAGACUUUUGUCGACAUGGCAACGUCCGGUGUCAUUUGGAGCAGUCCGAAUGUCUCGCAACAACGGAGCCACUUCGAACGCUUCAAGCGUCUGAUACUACACGUGGAUCAAGCGUCCUGACGACAUCGGUGCCACCUCGCGUGUUUCAAGUGUGUGUAAGCACGUCAACGUGGCUGUCGUUGUGAACGUGGCAAGCGUCUGAAAACAGUGCAGCUACUUUGGACGUUUCGGGCGUCAGGCAAUCUGGCAACUCUGGCAUAGUGUUGUAUGCGUCAAGCGUCCGCUAAUAUCUGCCGCGUAGUGCCACGCGGACAGUGCUUUCGGACGCGUCAAGCGCAUGGGCAACAUUACUUCUUCGGUGGACGCUUCGCGCGUCUGGUAUCAAUAUUACCAUGAUGUACAAAAAGUACUGCCUUCUUUUUAUUGCGAAACACAGCGCGCGCGAUAUCGUGGCAACUGUGGAAAGCAAUGCAUAGUUGCGCCAGCGCAGGUUUCCCCGGGGAACCAUGCAAAUUGUGCUAU